GGGCGCGCGGUGGCAAGAUGGCGCAGGACAAAGAGAAAAAGAAGAAAGGAAGCAUCUUGGACUUGUCUAAGUACAUUGACAAGACCAUCCGAGUGAAGUUCCAGGGUGGCCGGGAAGCCAGCGGGAUCCUGAAAGGGUUUGACCCACUGCUCAACCUGGUGCUGGAUGGAACCAUCGAGUACAUGCGAGACCCCGAUGACCAGUACAAGCUGACGGAGGACACACGGCAGCUGGGGCUCGUGGUGUGCCGUGGCACCUCGGUGGUGCUUAUCUGCCCACAGGAUGGCAUGGAAGCUAUCCCCAACCCGUUUGUGCAGCAGCAGGAUGCUUAGCAGGCGGAGGGCAACCUCACCCUGGGCCCUCCCUUCCUAUGUGAGCUUCCGUUUGGUGUUUUGGUUUCUGUUUUUUUUAUUUUGUUUUUUUAAUAAAAUUGCCAACUUGA